UCUUCCGACGCCGGUACUCUUUCGAGCGCACUGCUCAGACAAAAACAUCAUUAUUUUUCGUCCUUUCCCGUUUAUCAGACAAAGUCAGCUGACGAAUUUGAAGGCGAGAAUGGUGUGCACACGGGCGUAAAAAAGCGACUGGGCCGCGAUGCAGAGCACCUUUUGGGCCGGCUAUCAGCUGGGGGUCUUCCUCUUUCCAGGCUUCAGGGUGACCAGCCUCACCGGGUUUGUUUUCACAUGCGUCGCAGUGGGGUCGGUGGCCUUUCUCACGGAGGCGGUCAAAUUGUUCCUGCUGACCAGGAUGCGCAGAAAGGAACAUCGUGUGAUGCCGCAACGGGACAUUGAGCAGACACCGCUCGUCAGAAUCAGGAAUCGAAGGUUAACAGGUGCACAACAAUCCCUUCUGAGACAUUCGUCUGACUCGGCUGUUUACCUAACGUACACGGUUUCGGCCUACCUGCAGAUGUUGGCCGUCAUGUCCUUCAACGUGUGGAUUUUCCUCUCUGUAGUUCUCGGCACCUCUGCUGGCUACGCCGUUUUCUCCAACACCUCAGCAGCCCAGCAGCAAAAGCUCAUUUCCCCCGCUGUGGGUUCAGUGGACGCGUCCGUUGUGCACAGCCCAGUUGACUCGAUCGACCCUGAAGUGACCUUCAGCGAGGCCUCCGUGUCUGGCGCCGACACCCUGGACACCACCGCCAUUGUCCAUAGGACUGAAGACCUAGCUUGACGAGCGGAACUAUGCAUUCCGGACGAAUUUCGCCAAUUUGAGACCACUUGCCAAUUUUAAGCUGCUGCACAGAGUUUAAUAUAAAUUUUAUUCUUCGAUUAUGUUCUAGCGAUUUUAAAGAGUUUAAACUACCAGCGCACAAAAGCUGAAAUUAAUUUAUUUAUUUAUUGAUCCAUCAUCCUGCCGAAUUGCGAACAAACGAAUUUGGGAGUGUGGUCUUCGCAAUUUUUAAAUUUUACCCAAUCGAAGA